AUGCCAAUGCCAUCCAAAGACAUCGGCGCUGCUGCCGAGAAAGCAGAGCAAGGUGUCAUGCAAUAUGCUUAUGCUUAUGGGCUGAAUCCCGUCCCUCCAGCCCUAACAGCAUGUCUCAUCGCGGCCCAACACAUGCGACCUUUCCAGACCCUACCAGUACUCUUUGCUCCUGUCCUCCUCUUCAGCUCAUAUCUCAACGUCAACGGCUACAAAAAGGAUGCGGCGGGUGUCACUUCAGCGUGGUCGGCGGCCUAUAUGCUGCUGGCGAUGAGGAGACGACAGCAGUUCUCAAGCAGAUUUGGCGCACGAGGGCUGACCAGAGGGGCUACGUUGGCACUUUGUGGAGUGAAUGUCGUCAGUGGCGGGUUAGCCUAUGCUUUUAGUAAGAGGGAGGAGGCGUGA